AUGACAGAUCAAAAGUUCAUUGUCCUAAAUGAUCAUUUUAAAUGUCUCCACAAUCAAUCUGACAUCUGUUAGUUGAUGGAAAGCGAUAAGGAUGAAGCGAUCGAACGUUUGUUGGAUAUAAGAUGCGAUACCUAUUCAUAAAAUCUAGUAAAAAUAUUAUCAGAACAUAAUACAAAUAUUAUUUCAUCGCCCUUCAAAUUGCCAUUUUUGAAACCCGACAUCAGAACCAUUUUAUCAUCUCUAUUAUCUGAUAUGAAUUCCUAUUACUCCUAUUUUUGUGUGGCUGACUUGGAUAACAAAAAUCUGAUUAAUGUUAGAUUAAACUUUUUUGUGUUGAGCGAUAACUUUAUCGACUAUUUGAUCAUCCAAUUUGAACCCUCCAUGAAAACCAUCAACAAAUCUGUUUACACCUUUCCAGAUAACUUCAAACUAAACAACACAAACAAUUUCUACAACAACUCAAAUCAUUCAAAACAAACCUACGAAUCUUUAUCAAGUGAAUUGCUAGGCAACAUAUUCCAAUCUAUUUCUCAUGAGUUUGGAACAUUUCUCAAUUGCAUUGUCACUGUCUCAUCCGAAGCUAUGGACAACGAACUUAUCAAUGAACAAGUCAAAGCAACUUAUAUCGAGCCUACUUAUAUCAACUCUAAAUUACUCUCGUAUGUACUUCAGAGUGUAAGGGAUUUCAACACUAUAUUAUUGAAGCAAUUCGCUUUGAGACUUCAGGAAUUCAGUCCCUACGAAAUCAUUCAGGAGAUAUAAUAUUUACUGAAUUAAUAAACAACACAAAGAAAUAAUUAAAUUAUAAUCAACUGUCCUCAACAACUUCUUGUGUAUAACGAUCAAGAUAGAUUCAAAUAAGUACUGUAUCAAUUGAUGAGCAAUUCAAUACGCUUCACUGAGAAUGGCAUCAUCACAGUAUCCAUCACCUUUUACAAGGAUAAAAUUAAGGUCAAAGUAUAGGAUAAUGGCAUUGGGAUGAAUCAGGCAGAACAGGUCAAAUUGCAAAAACUAUUGAAGGACAACACCAAAUUACUAAGGAUAUCUCAUAAUUCAGUUGGAUGUGGAUUGGGCUUGAGCAUCUCUAAUGCAAUCGUAUUGAAAAUGAAUGGAAAACAUGGAAUCCAAUUUACGAGUGAAUUGUAAAAGGGCAGCGAAUUCUUCUUCACAAUAUCCAAUUCGCAAUAACUCUAUAAUGAUAGUGUGUAUGUGGCUAGUCAAACCUACGUGAAAGUGUUAAAUUAAACCUAUUAUUUAGAAUAAUAACCAAUUUCUGAAAGCUCUCAUAAAGGCUAGAUCUUGAACAGUGAUCACAAGGAUGACAAUUGCGACACAUGGAGAGAAAGAAGUCUGUUUCAAAACCAUGCUAUACGUUUCAGAUCAGCAGAUUCCAAAUCAUUAUUUGGCCAGAAAUUAUAAUUGGAAGAAGAUGAAAUUGAAUCACGAUAGGAAGAAUCGAAAAUUAUGAUUCCUUCUUUAUAAGCUAGCUUCAAGUCAGAAAUAGUUAAAUUUAGCAUUGGCAGCAAUUGUUGUAAUAGGGUAUUAAUUGUAGAUGAUGAAUAUUUUAAUAUUCAGAGUCUGCAGUUGAUUCUGCAUAGAUUCAAUGCUCAUUGUGAUUUCACUUUCAAUGGGUAGGAAGCAAUAAAGAAGGCUAUUUAAAAAAUGAAGGAGCCUUGUCGACACUGCUAGAAUAAUGGUUAUGUUGUAUUCUUCCUUGAUCUCAAUAUGCCUAUAAUGGAUGGAUUUGACACAGUGAGAAAUUUGAAGAAGAUGAUGCAUGAGAAUCAAAUUCCAAAAGGAAUCUGUAUAGCGAACACUGGGUAUGCUGAUUUGGAGAGCAAGCAGAAGGCCUUGAAUUCAGGAAUGGACUUUUAUAUGAUCAAGCCUAUAGAAAUAAAGGAGUUGGAGUCAUAUUUGAAGAGAAAGUUCCCUUAAUGA